AUGAGAGACUUCGUCCCAUGCCUCGGCCAUCACGCCGUCAGGGUCGCCGGAUCCGCAUGCUCCGGGAGCAGCAUCUCCUCGGAACGGCCGCCACAGAGCACCGUCUCCUGCUGCUACAGAGCCGCUCUGUCCACCCAUAAUGAGUUGCUCAUCAAGGUCACCUGGCACAAGAACAACCGCGAUACGUCGGUCUUGGUCGUGAUCGAAGAGAACCCCGGUUCUGGUGUCUCGGAUCCCCGCGGAACCACCUGCCAGCUCUUGAUGAGGAAGAAGGGAAGCCAGUCCUUCGCCAUCGGGAACUCCGAGUCUGCUCUCCACUGGGACAUCUCCGCCGCGACGUAUGGCGCAGGAGCUGAGCCCACGCGGGACUUCUACCUCGUCAUGAUGGCCGACAAGGUGUUCGUGCUAUUGCUAGGUGAUAUGUGGAGAGAAUUCAUCAAGAAGUUCGAAGACAAGGUGUUGGUCGCCGCGUCCUCCAUGUACAGCAGGAGGGAGCAAGUGUUCGGCGCCACGCUCUACUCCACCAAGGCUCAGUUUCGCGACGGCGGCAAGGAUCACGGGAUCAUGGUAAGAUGCAAGGGAGACGAGACCGACGCCAAGGACGCCGAGCUCUACGUCUGCGUCGACAGGAAGAGGCUGCUCCAUGUGAAGCGCGUGAUGUGGAACUUCCGCGGGAAUCAGACCAUAUUGGUGGACGGAUCAGCGAUCGACGUGCUGUGGGACGUGCACGACUGGUGGUUCCGCGGGUCACCAAGCAGCGCCACCUUCAUGUUCCGGGCGAGGAGCGCGCUCGCGAGCAGGCCGUGGUCGGAGGAGGAGUUGGCGAAGAGGGCGUCUCAGUUCACUCUGUUGAUCCAAGCUUUCAAGAGAAAGUGA